AUGGCCCUAGCCUGGGCCACAUCCCAGACUCUUUUCCUUCUUAAAAGUUUGAGACAGCAGCUUGAAAAUCCAAGUGUGCAACAGCUGACUCAUGGGGUCAACUUGAGUGAGAAAGACCCAAGCAAUUGGCUCAGCGAGCUGUGGGUGGGAGGACCCACCCUAGGGUGCAAUGCCCAGGCUGCUAUAAAAGGGAAACUAAGAAGGAAGGAAGGCAGUGUCUGCUCCAGGACAGCUGCAGUCCCCUCCCUCUCCUUGGAGUCCCUGCCUGGCUUCCAGCACAGCCCCUUCCUCUCCUGGUACCGACUCCCUCCAGGAUUCCACUGGGGCCUCCACCUCCACCUCCAGUCCCAGACGGACCUGUGCUGCUCCACACCAGCGCUGCAGGCGGCCCUGGCUGCCUUCUUGUCCAAGUCGGCAUCUCCCAAGGAGACUGAAGAGCAGCGCUGCAAGCUCUUCAUCAGAGGGCUGAGCCACCCUAGUCUCAGGAGCCACUUUGAGCAGUGGGGAACACUCACCGACUGUAUGGUAAUGAGAAAUCCGAACACCAAGCGCUCCAGGGGCUUUGGGUUCGUCACUUAUGCCAGCGUGGAGGAGGUGGAGGCAGCCAUGAAGGCCAGGCCACACCAGGUAGAUGGCAGAGUGGUGCUAACCAAGAGAGCUGUAUCCAGGGAAGACUCCCAAAGACCGGGUGCCUACCUCACUGUGAAGAUCUUUGUCGGUGGCAUUAAAGAUACUGAUGAACAUCACCUACGAGAUCAUUUUGAACAAUAUAGAGAAAUCGAAGUUAUUGAAAUCAUGACUGACCGAAACACUGGAAAGAAAAGGGGCUUCGCUUUUGUAACCUUUGUUGACUAUGAUUCUGCAGACAAGGCUGUGAUUCACAGAUACCAGACUGAAGGCUACAGGUGUGAGGUGAAUAAAGCCCUGUCCAGGCAGAAGAUGGCUAAUGCUUCAUCUAGCCAAAGAGGUCCACAUGGUGCUGGAAAUUUUGGUGGUGGUCGUCGAGGUGGUUUUGGUGGCUAUGGCAAUUGUGGUCGAGGAGGAAACUUCAAUGUUCCACGUGGCUUUGGUGGCACUGGGAAUCAGUACACUGAAAUUGGUAAUGGAAGCAAUUUUCAAGUGGGCGGAAGCUACAUUGAUUUUGGCAAUUACCAUAAUCAGUGUUUACAUUAUGGGCCCAUGAAAGGAGGAAAGUCUGGAGGCAGAAGCUCUGGGCUAUAUGGGGGUGGAGACCAAUACUUUGCCAAGCCACGAAAUCAAGGUGGCAACCGUGGCUCCAGCAGUAAUGGAAGCUAUGGCAGAGGCAGAGGCAGAAGCUUUUAAGUCCUGCUGGGAAAAAAAGUUCAGCAAAGCAGCAGAGCCAGACAAGUGACAGAGAAGCCACAGCUUACAACAGACAGCUGAGCUUGGCCAGGCACAGUGGUGGCAGGGCCUCACUGCUAAGAAGACAUGUUGUAGAUGAGGCUCAUGUGUAUGGACAGGACACUCAGGAUGUGACUAACUGCAGAACAGGUUAUUUUAGUUUCUUCUCUGUGGAAAGUGUAAAGCAUUCCAGCAAAGGGUUUCCAUGCAGACUCUUUUUUUGUACCCAUGUUGUUGAUUGCUAAAUGUAUUAGUGUCAUCACGGCACUAAAUAAACUUCUUUUUAAACCUUUCUUUAUGGCAAAAAGUAUGAAUAUUUACAAAGCUUACAUAAAGUAGCAGUUAACAUAGCAUUAUCCCUGGUGUGUACUUAACAUAGUGGUCAUUAGCUAAGGCUGUAUGAAACCCACAAAUUUUAAUGGCU